CCAGUGUCACCUAACAAUGUACAGACUUCCUGUUUAUACCUUGCAGAUGGAGAGCCGGUACACUAGUUUUGUGCUGCUGAAAAUAUAACCGACAUAUGAUAUAAAAAUCGGGUAUUUCUAGUGUCAAGUAACCAUGCAUGCAUGAAAAAACUUCCUGUUUACCUGGUAGAUAGACAUAAUGGAGAGCCGUUAAAAUAGCUUGGUGCUGCUUAAAGUAUACCCGGCAUAUGAUUAAAGAACAUUAAAUGGUAAUGGAGGGAUGCGGUAACUUUACCAUAUAUUUGUCUGACAGUGGAGAUGAAGAUGAAAGAAAUAAAUCAAAACGAAUUAUCGAACGCUUGGAGGGUUCAAAUAUUGGAAUUAUAUAUGGAGAAAGAGAUUUUAUACCCGGAUGUCUGAUACUAGAUAACAAAAGAAAUGCAGUUCUGAAGUCAGAUUUAGUAGUGGUACUUUUGUCCGAUAGCUUUAUAGACUCGACUGAAUGUGUUUAUGAUGUUGCUUUGGCAAUUUGUUUAGAAAGACACAUUAUCGUAAUAGACAACAGAAAAACAAGAAAGAUGCCACCGUUAUUAAAUGAACUGCCAAAGAUAAAUGGACGUACAAACUUUGUAAAAGUGUUACAGAAGCUGAAACGAAUGAUUGAUGGAUAUUACGUAGAGGAAAAGAAUCAAACAAGGAAUAAGAAAGACGAUGCACAGAUAUAUAUCAGGGAAGUGGAACGAACGGCUACUUUAGAAAAUGAGCAAGGAUUUCAAAAACAGAUUCUUCGACUCCAGGUUCAACUAACACAAAUCCAUAGAGACAAGAAAAUAGCUAAACACAUUGCGAUUGUAGAUGGAGAUAAAGCCAUUGACAACUUUCACCAUGAACAAACAAUUAGAUACCAGUUGGAGAAAAGGAUAAGAGAAAUGGAGAACACUAUACAGACACUCAGAAGGGAAAAUAUUUUGCUGAAGCAUCCAGUGAUAUCUGUAAGUCAGAUGGAUGAUAAACCUUCACAGCAAACCCCAUUUCAAGAAAUCCAAAAACAGAUAAAUCAGGUUUUGAUUGAAAUAUCAAAUCUGAGUCAUAAAGGUGUAGACAACCUGGAUACUACAUUCUACAGAAUGCCGUCUGAACUGAAAUCCUUUUGUCAAAAAUAUGAGGAAAUGAUUGGUCCAAAUAUAUGUCGACUGGGACGAUUACUACAUUUAUCAAACCAUCAAAUAGAAAAGGUUGAAGAAUGUAGGGAGUAUGGUUAUGUUGAAAUGUUUUGGCAGACGAUCAAGUUUUGGCAGUCAAAUGAAAGCUCAGACGAAAGCUUUGUAACGUUACUGAACGCAUUAGAAGAAAUUGGUGUUGAUAUCGGAGGAAAGCCAAUGUCAAAGACACAAGUGAGAAUACUCCAUGAGAAGAUUCCAUUCAUCUUAAACAAUAUUUACCAAGUAACUGAUUUGAUACCAUACCUUAUAUCUCAGCACGUUCUAACACACGUGACUGAGAUGUUCAUCAGAGAACCUAGGAAUAAGGAGGAAAGACUUUUGCGUUUAAUUAAUGUUCUCACAACGAAACACUAUGGAAUAAAGGCCCUCUGUAAUGCCCUCACCCAUACCAAUCAGAAAUUUAUAGCAGACGACAUAUCACGUUCGAUGCCAAACAUUUCCACAAGCCGUUUCCCUGUUGAAGUAACUGAUGAAAGUUGCGAUUCUCAAUGGAGUUCAGAUGAAUCAAAACUACAAGUAGCACGUGUAACCCCAAUCACCGCUACAGUAAAUUCAGCAAAUGCAAAUGUGCACUUUGAACAAAACCAUCAGUGUCAGAACAUUGACUCAAGUAUCACAUGUGUUGAUGGAAUUGAGCAAUUAACCAAGAAAGACUCUAAUGACAAAACCAGAAAAUCCCGUAAGGGGUGUAGUAUUCAAUAGUACAAAUACCCUCACAAAUGUUGUACAUAUAGUAGUCAGAGGCAUAUAGUUACAGUGCAAAUUUUAAAGACUUGAGGAAUCCUUUGUGUCAUGAACUAAAUAUAAAAGUAGAUUUAUGUCAUAUUUUGAAAGGUACUCAUAAAUAAGACAUUGAAGAGCAGAUACCGUACAGAAAACAGAUCAUGGCGGUCGAAAUCGAUUUUUUGUAACAACAAAUAUAUAUUCUUUAUUCCUCAGUUAUCCUGUUACAGUCAUAUUUCACUGUUCAAGCUGCAGUGAAGUAUCCUUGUGAAAAUCGAUUUUUCAUUAACAACUUAGCCAAAAUACCAGUUUUAUUUAAGAAAACAUUUCUGUAUAUAUAUUGUACUCUAAUACAUGAAUAUGGAAUAAUUGCCUUUGGAGGUAACAAUUUUACUGCACCAGAUGCGCAUUUCAACAAUUAGAAGAGUUGAUAAAAUCAAAACAAUGCAGAUCAAUAUACGUAUUUCCAUACCAGUACAAAGAGUAGUGUUUAACAAAAUACAUAUCAGUUAUUCCGCUUUGACCGACGAAUAUCGAAUAUCGCUUUAAACAGCUAAAACUGACGAAAUAUGCAAUAUUCCACAUUUUUUUUUUUCGUCGCCUCAACCCGCCUCAACAUAUAUUUAUAAAACGUAAAAGAAAGUAAGAUCACGAUGCAUGGUUAAUCCUGAAAUAAGCUUUCCAUUUGAGAACAGCAAAGAAAAACUCUCAAAAUUUACACCAAACAAUCGCACAUCGGCGAAAAAAAGUUCCGUUAUAAUUUUAAUGAAAUCAUCAAUAUAAUGCCAACCUUAUAAGCCUAUUUCCGUCACAUGCCACUUGUCUUCAUCAUUCACUGUUAAAAAAACCUACGACAUACUGUUCCACAGAAUCAAUGAUAACGAUUCAAUUCAAUAAAACGAUAUGUCUUUAAUUAUUAUAAACACUCUGUGGUCAAGGAACCAUGUGCUAAUGGCCGCGAACAGAUCGUUGUACGAUUGUGGAUACAACUUGGAUUUGCUGGACUAAAGGAAUAUCUAAAAAGUAGUUCAUAUGAAAACAGUUAACUGAGAUGAAAAAAAAUAAAGAUGAUCUUUUAGAUAGAUGGAGUUAAAUUCGACAGAAAAGGGUCUAAAAUUAAAAAUGUCAUGAAAUCUUUGUUCCUCUAAAACCAGUCCAAAGAUACAUAUCUUAAAACUUGAUAUGUGUUGCAAGAUCAAGAGGUAAUUUAUUUCAUAAAGAAUAAAUGCUUUUCAAUGCUAAAUUUUGUCACCGAAGUCGUUUUGAUUUUGAAUUGGAAAUGUUGCACGCUUCUUGAAAAAAAAAGAUUUUCAGCGCUAAAUUUUACCGCCAAAGCCAUUUUGAAACAAAAUUAGGAAUUUUGCAUGUUUUUUUGUGUUUUUGUUUGAUUGUAAAAAAACAGAAUGAAUUGAUUUGUUUCAGAAAGACAAUAUAUAAAGUUACUUCUUUAA